AGAAAUGCAGAUACCGCGUUAUGUUCGAGUGAAUACAGUGAGAACUUCAACAGAGGAAGUCAUUGCGUGGUUUACUGAAAAUGGUUUUAAGUUACGAAGGAAACGCAGCAUAGUUGAUUCGAUUCAGGUAUAUACAUCAGUUUACGUUAAGCAAGAAUUUAGUUAUGUGUGAAUAUUUUUACUUAGAUUUAACAUGCAUUGAAGUCAGUUUUUGUUGCAAACAAUUUUAUUGCUCGUAUUAUUUAUCGUCUUUGUCGUAUAAAAUUCCAGAUGGCAAGUGGAACAUUUUGUGUUGACGAACAUAUUCCAAAUGUUUUGGUCUUCCCAGCAGGAACUGAUCUGCACGACAAUAUUCUGUAUAAAGAAGGCAAGAUCAUUCUGCAGGACAAAGUAAGAACACAAGGAUUGAAGAUCAUUGCACGCGUCUGUUACUCAGGUUACAAUUCCUGCAGUUAUCUGUGGGAAGAAUGCUUCCAGUUUGACUCUGCCAAACAUCACAGAUUCUCUCUAAGUACUGCGGUUUCCUCCUGUAGUAACACUAGACCAAUAAAGGAAGAUUCUUAUUUGGCAUCUAUAAAGAAGAGCAGUCUAAAAAUGAUAGAGCUAUCCUUUAUAACACUGGACCAAUAACGGAAAACCCUUUCUGAGCAUCUAAGAAGAACAGUCUAGAUAUAACGUUAGUUGAUAACACUGGACCAAUAAGAUUGCCCUUCUUUGUCAUCUAGGCAAGUUGCUUUCCAGCUUUUGUGCUUAAUCCACCAGCCGGAAGUGACGUAAUGGACGCAUGCGCCGCGCCUGGGAAUAAAACCAGUCACCUAGCCGCAAUCAUGGACAACAAAGGGUCAGUGAUCACAUAUGUCAUGCAAUGUUGUACCUUUGUUCAAAGGUGUUUUAUCAAUUUCAUAUUCUUGUACAGGCAAAUCUUCGCGUUUGAUAUUUCCGAGAAAAGAAUUUCAACAAUGAAGAAAUUACUUCACCGAGCUGGUGAAAAAAUUGUCGAGGCAAAACAUCAAGAUUUUUUAAAGGUUUGAUUGUACAAAUUAGUGUGUCAAGUUUUUUUCAGACUGUAGUAAGUUUCAAUCAUACAAUCUCCGUUAUCUAGACAGACCCUAGGGAUCCUGUGUACACAAAUGUCCAAUAUAUCCUAGUGGAUCCCUCAUGUUCUGGUUCGGGUAUGAUCAACCGACUGGAUUACGUCACUUCCGAUAUCGACAAUAUGGUAUUGCUCGUUUUUGGAUGUUGGUUGGUUUGCAUGUGUGUGGUAAUUAUUUAUGAUUAGGUCCUAUUGCAAAACUAGGUGAAUUUUUGUCUAUAUUUUUAGGAUGCGAAAGAAAAGCAAAGGGUGUAUUCAUUGGCGCGGUUUCAAGUGAAAGUCUUGAGUCAUGCUCUGAGUUUCCCCAAUGUAAAGAAAGCUGUCUAUUCAACAUGCUCACUACAUAAUAUUGUACGUAUACUAUACUUUGUGAACGUUGCACAAAACUCGAUGACUCCCAUAUGGGGAUUUAUUAUUUCUCACUACUAAUGAAUGAUGAUUUAUUAAUUUAGGAAAACGAGGAGGUGAUCGUGAAAUGUUUGGAAAAAUUCCAUGAAAAGUUUGAAUUAAAGAAGGCAUUACCUGACUGGCCACACAGAGGACAUGCUGUGUUUCCUCAAGGUAUCUAAAUCCUGGGCUAAACUAGAAAUCAUUGUGACAUAGUGAAUCAUUUUCAAUUUAUUUUCAGCAUCGAAUUGUGUGCGUGCCUCUCCAAAAGAAGGUUCUACGAGUGGGUUUUUUCUGGCGCUGUUUGAAGCAAGAAAUUCAACAGGAACAGUUGAGGUUGCGAACCACAAAGGAAACGGAAUACAGAGAGACAUUAAUCACAAUGAAAUGAAAUCAAGAUUACGAAAGAAACAACACGUUUCUAGUGUAAAUACUAAAGAAUCACACGCAGAAGAAAGGGAUGAUCGUAUUAAUACGAACACUGAAAUAGACUCCACGAAACGAAAACGUCAAUGCACUACGGAUACAGGUAAGAAAGUGCAAGGAAUAGCACAAAAGAAACGAAUUAAACUGACAAGAACACACAGGAAAUGUUCCAACAAAGAAUUCGAAAACAGAAAAAAGUUACUUGCAAAAAGGAAACUUAAAAAAGAAAGGUUACAGAAACGGAGAUUAGAACAGUAGACACUGUGAAUAGAAGACUGUAUCAGAAAACCAAAUGAAAUAGUUUUCAACAGUGGUUGAACCUUCCCAAUUUUUUUUCCAGACAUUUUGACUAUUUAUUGAAAUCCAUACUAUUUUAUUAUAUACAUUGUACACAGUAUAUAUAGUUUAUUUAUAUAAAUAAAUUAUAUUAUCACAUCGUCCUGCAAUUCAAUAAAACUCUGAUAAACCAGCCAGAGUUAUUUAUACAGUGUUCAUUCGAAAGAAAAUUGAGUUUCGAAAAACCCACCAGAAUGCAUAUUUCGCUUGAAAAAGUGGGCAGUUGCUGGACCCAGGCCAGGUAAAGCGCGUAUAGGUGCUGGGCUAGGAGUUUGUCUUUACUAUAUGAACUAUGAUAUUAUUUAUAUCACGCAUAAUUGCGGAUUUCUGAGUAUAACAAUUUUAAACGGGUAUCAUUCUCUACAUCAACAUCAAGCUUUCGUUGGUAGAGAUGCAACUAUUUGAAAAAUACAGGGUGAAAUUCGAAGGAGGUUAGUCAAGAGCCUUCGCUCGAAACGUCGAAAUUAUCCUUGUAUUUUUCAGGUAGUUGUAUCCCUACUAACGAAAGCUUGUUAUUAUUGCCACUACCUACAAUGGCACAGGGCAUUCAAGAUUAUUCUCUGUAUCAGUACAGACUACGGAGCCUGCUAUUCAGAUCCAUGGGUCUCGUGUUAUGUUACUAAAGUCGUGUUUACACAGCAAGGCUUGGCCUUAGCCGUGCUUUCUCUAGGUAUGGGAGAUCCACCGCAGACCUGGGGCCGGUUGUAUAAAAAAGUGAUUAAAGUUAACUAUGGUUAAGUGCAAACGUCAUCCAAUAAGAAGGGCGAGAGUUAAUCACUAUUUAACUACAAAAUAGUGAUUAAAAAAGUGAUUAAGAGUUUUAUACAACCGACCCCUGGAGAAAAGUGGGAUCUUAAGGAUGAUUUGCCUCAGCGUGAAGUCGAGGAACAUUUUCACAAAUACGUUAUAGGAGAAUCAGGGCUCAAAAUAACGGC